AUGGGACUGCUACUUCCGGCUUCGAAUCACACCCUAGAUCCCAAUUCGACAUUCUUUCUCAACCUUACCGUUAUAGCGAAUGAAAAUUCCAGAGACUUUACCGAAGACGAAGUUCGAGAUUUCUUCCACAAAGUUUUGAUCGUUGUUUUGUAAGUUUUUGUUCUAUUUUUUUGUUGAUAAAUUUAGAUCCUGUUAGUGAUAUGUUUUCAGUCUGAUUGCGCUGAUUAUCUUCGUCAUGUGCCAGGUGAUUGAAUGUUAUAGAAGGAGAAGUGCUUCUCAUCGAGAUCGAGUAUUGGAAAUGCGUCUGAAACCUCGAGAACGGUCGUAGAGUUGUGUAAGUUGAUUUUUGAGAGGACUUUGGAUUCUGGGAAUAUCAUUUUAGAUAUGAAAAAGAUCUAAAAAAAAUUUUUUUCAUGAGCUAGGAGAAUUGGACUUCCUAUUUUACCUUGAAAUAAGCCAUAAUUUGCCAAAUGGGUCCUACUUGGUUACUUUUCAAUUUAAUUACCACUACAAAACAUUAUUCACACGAUUUCCCAAACAUUUUUGCCAAAAUCUCGAAUUUCCUCGACUUUCCGCCCUAAGGCGCUUCAUUUCCAAAACGCGUUUUAACUGUCAGAUAACCCCACAAUUCCCCGAUGAGACAUUUCCGCAACAAACAAAAACGCCGGAGAGAUUUCUCUUUUUCCCCGCGAAAUGUCAGCUCUUUUGGCGCGUUUUGCAAAUUCGUUUGAAGAAUGAAUGACCAUGGAGAAAAUGGCUAGUCCACAAAGAGUUGGCAACUUUUUUCGGAGGGCCCGAUUCAAGUUUUCGGAAUGCCCGAGUAUCAUGGAGAGAAAAUUUUGUUAAAUUAUGUUGUUUUAGAUGGGGUUGGAGAAAAAUUUUGAUUUUGAAAAUUUGGCAGGGAAAUUUUGGGGUAAAAUACGGUUGAUUGCUCUAUGAAUUUGUUAAGUGACCUAAUUAUUUUUAAUUUGGUGAUGUUUGCUAAAAUUUGAGAGAGUUAUUCACGGUGCAGUGAAUUUAGUGGGGCAAGGUGCAAAUCUUGGGAUAAAACGCGAUUUUACAGUUGGAAAAGUUGGUUUAGAAAUUUUAUUAUUCCUAAAUAGGCUUUAGAAUGUUGUCUGAAGCUCAAUAUGACAAGUACCAAUUCAACUUUUCGGAUUUUCAAGGCUUUUUUGGACCCAACAUCGAAGAUUUUUGCACAGUGCGGAAUUUUCACCCCGCACAGUGCAAAAUUCAAAUUAAUUUUUUUUCGACACUUUACGCGUUGAGGAAGAUAUUUGCGUAGUGAUCAGAGAACAGAAUUACGUCUUUCACUCAAAUUUUUUGAAUCUAAUUUUUUGUCCUAUCGGGUUUGCAUUUUCUUUUUUCGUCCCUCCCGAAACUCAUCGAUUAACUAACUAAUUUUAAAUUUCCAGAAGAGAAAACAAACCCGAUUCCCUUCGUCUUACAUCCAUCCCAUACAAUCGCGCCGCCGCGAAGCUGGAACGCUACCCUUGGGAAUUGCCCCACAUUAUGUACUCGCCGAGGAUGGUAGGUUCAUUUCCGAUGGUAUUUAUGGGCUGGGCGUGUGGAAUAAAGAUGAAUAAUUUGUUGAAGAAUUGAGUGUGGAGUGUUUUGUGGGAAGUUGGAUGGAUUUGAAGGGAUUUUGAGUGGAAAUUUUGGAUUGGGACCAAAUUUUAUAUUGUACUUGAGAUCAAUUUUUAAAAAAAAUAUUUUUUUGUGCUUUGAUGAUGAUUUUUUGCUAGAUUGUCAUGGUAAUUGAUGAUUGAGUCAUUUUAAGUUCAUUUGUAGGUUUGUAGAGCUGUAGGUUGGUGUUAUAUGGGUUAAAAUUAUAUUAUACUUGAUGGUAUCUUUUGCCUUUUUUGAAGUUUUCUAAUGGUCAAGCGCUUAGAUUUGAUCUAAUUGUAUGUUUUAAGUCCUGUCCAGUUGACAUUGUUGGCUUUUUCCUAUGUUUUGACCAAAAACUUAUAUUGCACUUGAUAUCCAGACGGAAAAAAGUUGAUUUCUCUGGCUGAUAUGGAAAUUGUACAGAAAAUUUGAGUUUAAUGAGAAUACUGGGGUAUUAUUUGACUCUCAUAAAAAGUUUGAGACGAAGAGAUAUUGUUACGCCAUGAAAUUCUCUGAUCCUUGGCAUCAGAUGUCAUCCUGGCAAAAAACUCAUAUUUUUGGUCCAAUAUUAUGAGUUUAUAGACUUGAUGUUAUGUAUCCAGUGUUUGCAUUGGUUUGGUUUAGUUUUCAUUUAAAACUCCCUUCAAUUUCCCCCUUGUUCAUCGUAAAUUCAUAUGCCAUAUGGUCACUUUAAAUCCCGUUUCAAAGGUUUGUCCAUUUCAAGUGCGCAACCGGUUGAAUUCCCGUCUCUGUAGAGUUUUUCGGAGGUCUGAGCGUAACAUAACAUAUUUUAAUUUGAAUAUUUAUAAUUUUUGAAGACGUUUUAUGUAAAUUGCCAAAAAAAUUCAAUUAAAGGCGGACUGCAAACAAAAUCCUCGUUAAACGCGAAUUCUUGGCCUCCAAAGACAGCCCUGAGGGCUUUUGUGGCCACCAAAAUUAAACCCUCGAGGAUUUAGGUGCGCCGCGAAAAGGGGAUUACAAAAUCUCAUUCACGGACUUCCAGCCGUGCUUUUUUUAAGUUUUAAAGUUUGAUAUUUUGCAAAUAAUUGAUGUUUUGGAGUUCUAAAAUAGUUGUUGGGUAAAAUACGGCCUCGUAUUUUUACGCUUCAAUCUGAAAAUUUUGAAAAAUAUCAGAAAUUCGAUUAUUUUUUGAACAAAAUAAUGCUUUGUAAUGGUUGUACGUUUCAGAAGUAUUCUUUUCUGAUUAGAUAUAGACGAAUUCUAUCUUGAAAUGCUUGAAAAUUUUGAUUUGCAAUGAAUUUUGCCUAUUUCUAAGCAUUUUUUGUCUCAAAUAAGGUUAAAAUGAACUAGAUUUAGUUGAUUAAUCGAUUUUAAGAUGCUACUUAAUUCAUUAAUGCCAUAAUUUUGGCAUACUCAUAAAAGAAGGUAGAUUUUAUUUUGAAAAUUUCGAGAAAAUGAAAAUUUUUCUGAUUUUUGGUCAUUGCUUGGCUGAAAGAAGGUGAAAACCGUCGUUUGCAGUGACGGGCCUGUUCCAGUGGCAAAAAAAUUACCAUUUUGCCUCCGGCAAGUAUCAAAAAUGUGGCAAAAUACGUCCCUCUCCAACUGAAGAAAUUUCGUUUUGAAGAUCGCGCCCAUUUUUUCACAAAAAAACGGGCGCGUUUUCGAAACUUUUUCUUUUGGAGAGUGAGGUAUUUUUCUUCAUUUUUGAUACUUCCUGGAUGCAAAAUGGUACGUUUCUUGCCACUGGAGCAGGUGCGAGACUGUAGACGACGGAAUUUUACCUUCUUUUAGCCAAGCAAUGACCAAAAAUCAGAAAAAAGUUCAUUUUCUCUAAAUUUUCAAGGUAAAGUCUGCCUUCUUUUAUAAGUAUUGUCAAAUUUAUGAUAUCAGUGAACUAAUUAGCUUCUAAAAAUCGGUUAAUGGACUAAAACAAGUUCAUCUUUCACCACUGUAAGUACUCUAAUUAGAUGAUUUGAUGGUUAUGAAUGGAAGAGUAGCUGGAUUUCGCCGACCAUCGAUUAUGUAUUACUCAACCACAUGCAACACGCGCUCUAAUUACAAAUGUUUCGAGAUUUCAUAGUGUAUCCGACCCAUUAAUUAUGUCAACACACCCUGCCUCCUCCAAAUUUCAGCCUCUUUAUUUGCGUCCUCGCACUUUAUUCUUCAUUCUUGGCCGGUCACUUCGGUGGCCGGUCGUCCAGCGCCGAAACAAGAGCGCAUAAUCCAGGAAAACCGAACUCGCGCAGCCCGGCUCUCCUCUUUUUUCGUCCUCCUUUUUUGCUUAAUUAGACCUCGGUGCAUGCGCCACACAGCCGGCAGCACCCUCCCCACUCCUCGCCGUGGCCUUAUGGCCACUCAUCAGACCCCCACUAUAGAGACUGUUAAAUUGCCAAGUCUCUCGGACAAUUUUUGGCGUCAUUUACAUUCUUUGGCGCGAAUUUUUGGGAUUUUUUGGGGAAAAUUAAUGGUAUUUUGUUUUUAAUGGCUGUAGAAUUGAAUAAAGAAGUUUUUGAGUGAUUAUAAAUGGUUUUUUCGACUAUAUGGACUUUUUGAAAUUAGAAUAAUAGGUUUAAAAUAUUUUUUUUGAAUAUUUUUAGAAAAAAACGAUGAAUAUUCCUUUCUAAAAUUAAUAAAUAAUCUUUUUGUAAGAAAAUAAAUUUUAUUGUUUGGGGAAAAUGAGAUUUUUUGAUUUUUUUUUUCGAAAAUGGGGAAAUUUAAAAAAAUUUGUUAGAGGGAUGACUUAAAAGUUUAUUAUCAAAAAAUUACAGAUAUCUAAAGCAGUAUAAAGACUUGUGAACAAAGUUUUGGUAUGAUUUUUUGUUGAAACCGCUAAAAAAUCUAAAAAUUUUGUUUUUACUCUCAAAAACAGAAAAUUUUAAACAAUUUGCCAGAAAACCCCCUUCAAAUUAAAUUCUAAUGGAUGGCUUUAUAUUUGAAACUUUUUUAGACCUCAUUAUAGCACCAUUACCUUCGAAACCCCCCUCUGUAACUCCAUAAUUAGCCCUACUUAGCCGGCAUUAAACCCCCGUCCUCUGGGCAGGUAUAAUCGUGGGAAAUGGCCAUAAGUCUCCCCUCUCCCUAAUAAUAUAAGACUUUCCAUAAAAGUGAGAUUUCCUCCAUUGGCGCUGUUACCUUUGCCCUUUAGUGUUGGGAAAAUUUUGGCCGGAUUUGAAGGUAAAAGGACGGAUUUAUGGCCAUAAACUGAGAUUUUAUUUAUGAGUUUUGAGGCUGGGAGGGCCUUUGGAUCGGUUUAGUUUUUUUGGUAUGAAAUAAAAAAUUGCGAAAAAAUAGAUUUUGUUAAAAAAUGUGAAAAUUGCUAGAAAAUUUGUUCUUAUUGGCGUUUGAAAUGUCACUGUGGACGUUAAUGUGUUCUAAGCUCGUUAUUUACAAACCAGAAUACUUUGUUUUAUUUUGUUUUGCUCGCACAGUGAAAUAAACGGCUUCAUGGAACUUGGACAGAGUGAAACUCGACAGAAAUAAAUUGGACUGUGUGGAAAUUUGACAGACUUUUCUCACUGAAAUCGUACGAAAUGUCACUAUCUAAUUAUUUUUUAUAGUGAGAAAAUUUGUACAAUUUCACUCUGUCUAAUUUCCACACUUUAUCCAAUCUAUUUCUGUCGAGUUUCACUCUGUCCAAGUUCCAUGAAGCCGUUUAUUUCACUGUGCGAGCAAAACAAAAUAAAACAAAGUAUUUUUGAUUUGUAAAUAACGAGCUUAGAACACAUUAACGUCCACAGUGACAUUGUCCAACAUCACUCUGUCCAAUUUCCAUGAAUCCAAACAGAUCUUUCCUUCCGCACAGUGCAGAAACUUGUUUUUGAGUCUUAUUUUGAAGAUUUUUAGAAAUUUUUUUCGUCAAAAAUUGAAUUAAAUUUCGCGAUCUGUAGACUAAAACACAUUAUAUUCGGUUACGUCAAAUUGAUUUGUUUUGAGAGUGAAAUUUAAAUUUUGUGCUUUUCUGCACUGUGCGGCCAAUUUUUUUCCACCGCACAGUGCGGAAAUUCAAGGAAUCCCAGAAAUUUUUCUUUCGUAUUUUUCUCCUGAUGGUUGGUACUUCACGAUUCAGUACAAAAAUACCCAAUUUUCCAAUUCCCUAUUGCACGAUGCAACAAAUUUUUUGCUCCGCACAGUGCAUCAAACCCCACCCAAUCCCCCUCUAAUUUCCUUUGCAUUUGGGUGCCGGCUCCAUUUUCCCGCCAAUUACUUUCAUUUCAUUGGGAUGAAAAAACAAUUUGGAAUACUUUAAGCGCCCUGCGGGCAUCCCUCUUUCUUCCAAUUCAUGCCCAAAAAAGGUUUUUUUUUACGGCGCGGCCGAACGUCCAGAGAGAAACUUGGCGUUCCUUUGUCAAGGAAAAAGCCGAGAGAUACUCUUUCUCUUCUCUCUUUUUUCCGCCGCCGUUUGAGGUUUCAGUCGGCCGACGAGAAUUUAAAUUUAGUAAAUUGUAAAAAAGUAAAGUGCACUCGAUAGAAAUGUAUAGGUUUCGCGGUCUGGACGGAAUUUUGGCAGAAUUUUUUGAGGAGUUUUAGGGAAAAUUAGAAAGUGUGGAACAUUGAAUUAGUAGAAAAAGGGCUUUUUGGCUUUUUAUGGGCUAAACAAAGGAUUUUUACCUUGUUUUAGAUGAUUUUCGGCCAUUUUUUCGUCCUAAAAGAUAUUGUGGAUAUAUUAUUUCCUCAUGAGAUUGACAGUAAAUCCUCUCCUCAUCGACUUACCCACAAAACAUUUUAAAAUUUUCCGGCAAAUUGUGAAAAAUCCUUUUUUUGGAUUGGUCUUCUACACUGUGCGUUUUAUGACCAACUCGCAGCGGUUUUUAAACUUUGAGUUCUGAGAAGAUGUGUAGCGAAAGAUUGAGCUAUCAGCUUCCAAAUGAGUCUUUUUGUUCGAGUUUUUGGUUAGAUUCAAAAGCCAGGGAGUAAAUUAUCUUAUAGAUGACAGUUAGGUGCCAAAACUUUUGUUUUGGAUAUUUGGAGGGUUCGUUAAUAAUAAAUAUUGAUUUUAUACCGAAUUAAAUUUAAUUUAGACGCUAGUAGUGACGUAGUUUUCUGUGGAGUCUAUGGAUUUGAUCUAAAAUCUGACUUUUAUUACACUUGGUGUCUAAAUUUUUCGGGUUUUAAAUUGUUUUUUUGCAAAUUUUCCUGCUUGCUUUAUGGCUUACCAUUACUGUUAGGCUUCGUUAGUCCUUUAUGUUUGUAUUUGAACACCAAGUAAUGGUUAUAUUAUACAGGGUGUAGAGAAUUCCCGGAAAUUUUUGUCGAUUUCUUGGCGCUCAGCCAAGGUAUCCUAUCUUAUUCUUUCUACUGCAAAAAGAAUUUUGGAUAUCUCGACAAGAAAUCGACAAAAACUUUCCGAGGAAUUUCUCUAGACACCCUGUACUUGGAGACCAAAAAACUAAAUUUUUUUGGGAAAUCAAAAUUUUCAUUGUUUUGGCUAUUUUCUCUUGACUAUUUUCAUUGUUCGAAUGCGCUUACUGUACCGUCCAUGUUGUGCUUUAUUAGCUUAUCGUCCAUGUUACAUAACGAGCGAUGAUUUACAUUCAAUUUAAGCCUGCGAAACACACCGUGUUCCCCUUCUUACCGCCGAAUUUUCAGUGGGAAGUGGCGUCACGCGCGCACAUGCGCGAACUCUCAACAUCACGCGGCGACGUUCAAAGCAUCGGCUCGAGCCAACUGGACGCCCUCUCCAACACCACCAUGUCCCGUUCGCAUCCGGCGCCCGGCCAGCCGUCGGGCCUGAACUCGGCGGCGUACGCCGCGGCCAGCUCCGGCGGCGGAGCACCUCCGCCGUUCUGCUGCGAAUGCGCCGCAACGCAGAACCGAUGCUCCACGGACAUGUGUCCGUGCUUCGCGUCCCGGCGAAUGUGCGACGAGCAUUGCGAAAGCGCGCGGUAAGAAGUUUUCGAGAUUUUUUGCAAGUUCGGAGUUUAGAAAAGCCUAAAAGAGGCUGGAAAAGUGAAGUAGUGAUCACUAGUGGUGCUCCAAGACCGUAAUGAGCUGAAUAGAGACUGUUAGGACUUUAUUUUAGCAAAAACGUUGCAAAAAUUGGCUACGAAAUCAAGGAGAAAUUUGGGAAGAGGAGCGAAAUUUUUGAAACUAAAAUGGCAUAAUGCAUUUGAAAAAAGCAACACAAAAACAUUUUAAGCCUGUAUUUGGCAAUAAAAGCCAAAGUAAAAAUUGUUGUUUUUAUCGACCUUUUGGCUUCACCCCGGCCUACAGUGGCGGACCUAAUCCAAUGGCCAAAAACGUACCAUUUUGCAUCCGGGAAGUAUCAAAAAUGAAGCAAAAUACCUCCCUCUCCAAGUGAAAAAACUCCGUUUGUAAGGGCGCUUUUAAAAUCGGAGUUUUUUCCACUUGAAGAGGGAGGUAUUUUGCUUUAUUUUUGAUACUUCCUAGAUGCAAAAUGGUACGUUUUUUGCCGCUGGGUCAGGUCCGCCACUGUAGGCCGAGAUGAAGCCAAAAAAGUUGAAAAAACAACGAUUUUUACUUUGGUUUUGGCUUUUAUUGUCAAAUACAGGCUUAAAAAUUUUUUAUGUCUCAUUUUUUAAGUGCAUUCUGCCCUUUGAGUUUCAGAAAUUUCGCUCCUCUUCCCAAAAUUCUCCUUGAUUUUGCGGCCAAUUGUUAUUCUGGCCUUUAUUUGAAUAACCUCGCAGCGGAACAUCUGUUCAUGCAAGCGAAAACACAAAAAUGGACUCGGGAUUUCGGCCGCGGAGCGCGCCAAAUGAGCGCCAUUCAAGUUUUUUUCCAGGAAAUUCGAGUGGCUUUUCCUUUGGCUUGCCCAAAACAAUGGAAAUUCGCGAAAACAAGGUUUCGGAAGCGUUGCAAAACCUGAACGAAACGGAAUAGAGCACCCGAAAUGGCUAAAAUACGAUUAAACUUAAUUUUGUGACGUUUUGGGAGAAAAAUUUUUGAAUUGAAAAAUUCCCGCCAAAAUUGGCAUUGUGUUUCAAGGGCUGAAAAGUGAACAGAAAUGUCGGAAAUCAAAGAAGAUGCAAGAGUUUUGAGAUUUUUGACGAAAAAUUUUGAAUUCUUAAAUUCCCGCCAAAUUUUGGCAUUGUGUUUCAAGGGCUAAAAAGUGAAUAAAAAGUCUGGAAUCGAAGAAAAUCGGCAAUUUUGAAGUUUUUACCAGAAUUUUGAUCCUAUUUUUCCAGCUACCGAGGUGACUGCCUCAACCAGGCCAUCUGCAAAUGCGCCUGCGAAGUGGAUCCCGCAAAGCCAGCGAAAAACGCGUGCACAAAGUCGGAACGCUGCGAUUGUCUGCGCAUAAAAGAAGGAUGUUCCAAGUUGUGCGCCUGCAAACAGAUCUGCAAAAAUAAGGAACCCCCAAAAAAGGUUUUGAAGGUCAAUAAACCAACAACUGGAUGCCAGUGCGCGAAAAGCAAAAAACAAUGUGUCAAGAAGGAAUGCCCAUGCCGGCUGAUGUACGAAUUUUGCUCAAGCAGGUAAGAGAAAAUGAAAUUUUUGGGAUUUUGAAAAUUUUCGGCAAAUUUUUGACUGCACGGUGCGAUUUUUGAGCUUUGGAAUUUUGCACGGUGCGAAAAUUACGUGUCCGAUUUUUUGCACGGUGCAAUUUUCAAUCUGAUUGCACUGUGCGAAAUUUUCAAGUUUGUCGCGCUUGCACUGUGCGGGUUGUUACAGGGUGCGCCAAUAAAAUCUGGACAAAACUAAAUUCCAUAUAGCCUUUUUCGGGUGGCCUAAAAAUGGAAAAUUUUAACACUUUUAGAAAGGGUAACAAUAGUGCUAUACAUCAACGGUAAUGCCCAGGUCAAUGUCCAUUGCAAGACUGAAAAAGUAAUCAAAACUUUUUGUAGGUGCAGAAAUUUUUUUUCCAGAUGAUGACUGAGAUAUUAAUUCUUCCAUUAUUUCUGCUAAUAGUCACUGACGUUCUUCAAAUUUAUUGCAUUUAAAGUACGUGGCGUUGACUUUGUAACAACCUACGGAAUCAUGGUUAGCGGUCGCUCUGGUGGCGCUGAUGGCGCAAACAGAAAAAGCCCCAAAAAUUUGGGUUUUUGUGUUUUUAAGGAUCUCAACGCCAGAUUAUAGCUCGUGUUGCUCCAAAAUUCCGUGAUUAUAGAGCGUAUACUUAGCCAAUUGUCAUAGUGUAAAAGCAAAUCCGCACAUACAAAGGGACCGUUUCUGCAUAAAUAAAAGUUCAUGGGGGGAAUUCAAGGCACGGUCAUACGGAACUAGAAACGUUUUGACAGUUUGUAACAAGUUGGAAAGGCCUUGAGCGUAAAAAAAACACAGAGUUGCAUACUGGAUACAUGCUGAUGUAGCCAAAACACUUUUAGAAAUAUCUAGUCCAAGAUCACUCGAAUAGCGAGCAUAUAGUAAAUUAUGCCACCACGGCCACUAUUUCAUUUCCCAGAAGCAGCAGAUAGAAAAAUCCUCUUUGAAAGGCGACUAGGCCGACUCUGAUUAUCCUUACAAAAGUAGCUCUGGUGCUUAACACGUUUGGAAUCACACAGGGAAACUACUACAUAGAAAUCUUUGAUUUAACGGAAGUUUUCGGGAAAAAGGGCCCGUUUUUAAGUCAACUUUGGCGAGCUGUAAAAAGCCUAAUUGUCAUAAUGAGGCAAAAUCAAUUUCAGUGUAUAAGAGCCGACCGGAGCUCUAUCAGAAAAGGUAAAUUUCAGCCCAUAGCAUAAAACGGUAAAGAUAGCGCAACCAUUUUUGACCAAUUUGGGGUCCGUGUUUCAGGCGCCUUAGUUGUAAGCACUUAUAAUGGCAAAACAAGUGUCGUAGACGAUUAUUUUGUCUGAAACUUUAGAGAUAGCUUCUAGGACGUAUUACACGUGUCCACAAUCGCCCACUUUGUUCUCGUACUGUUACAGCCCGCAGGGCAAGCAAAAAUAUUAGUCCAGAUUUUAUUGGCGCACCCUGUAUUUUUGGCUUGCACUGUGCGAAACGCAAAUCUUUGUCGCGCUUGCACCGUGCGAAAAUUGGGUGUCCAUUUUUUGCACCGUGCAAUUUUUAACCUUUACGUUUGAUUGCACUGUGCGGAUUCCUAGUUUUGGCUUGCACGGUGCAAAAUUCAAAUCUUUGUCGCGCUUGCACCGUGCGCAACUUCGGUUUUCGACUGCAUCUGUUUGUUUGGCGGACCGCACAGUGCAGAUUAUUCAGGUUGAAAAUUUUUGCACCGUGCGAUUGGAACUAAUUUUGCACUGUGUAAAAAUUUGUUUUGCUUCUACCGCACUGUGCAGUAAAAUCCAAAAAAUUUUCCACUGUGCGAAAAUUUUUCGAAAAAAUAAAAAUCAAAUUUUUUAGCUGUAAAUGCACCGGCGAUUGUACGAAUGGCCCAGCCAAGUUCCAUGUCCCAAAACACGUCCAAAGCUGCUUUUUGGAGCACAAAAAUGAGAGCAGUGGACUGAUUGUGACCCUAAUUGGCAAUGAUUACAUUUAUCGAGGCGACUUUUACCAUGAAAGCAAAAAUGAACCACAUGUGGAAGAACAAUUGGUCGCCGCGAUAUACGAUUUGAUCUCGAAAUAUAAGGUAGGUUUGGUUUUUGAAGAAAAAAUUUGCUUUUUUGAAAAAAAAAAUAUUUUUUUUGAGGAAAAGUGAGAUUUUUUUGGAUUGGACAUGAUUUUUGGAACUGGAAAAUGAGAUUUUUUGAGUGAGAAUAUGAUUUUUUCAGUGAAAAAAAUUGAUUUUUCGAAAAAGUUGAAAGAUUUUUUUUGAUUUUUUUUGGGUAAAAUACGAAAAAUUAUGACUUCUAAUAAGCUUUUCAACCAUCAGCGAGCCUGAUUGCACAAGUUUAAUCCAAUUUUUUCAGGUGGAACUGUAUGAAAUAAUAAUUUUCGUCUCCAAAUCCCCAUGCUUCCAUCAAGAUUGCGACCCGAAAUGCGAAGUCGUCGACGAAUGCAAGUCCAACAAGGCAUGCGCCAAACUGUUGGGCCUACUAUUGUCGAAGGUUCGGAAGGAAUUGAGCAAAGUUGAUGUCCGGAUGUCGGUGAAGUUCUUGUAUCCCCAUCUAAAUCGAGGAGAUUUGUAUACGAAACAAGGAAUUUUGUCGAUGCUUCAGGUAUGUAGAAGGCGUUGGGUGUUUUUUUUCAAAUUUAGAGCAGUCAGUUGGCCUUAAAUCUUGUUUUGGACAUUUUAUACGAUGAAACAUGUCCGGAUUGGAUUGGACAGGUUUCAUCGUAUAAAAGUCUCCGGAAGGGAAAUCGUAGAUCGUGUUAUGAGUAUAAUUACAUAGUACAUCACGAGACUGAUCAAUUUUUGUCAGUACGACAAGUUAUACGAUGAAAAGUGUCUACAUUUUAUUUGGCAGGUUUUGUCGUACAAAAUGUCCCCAAAAAGUCGAUCAUAGAUUGUAUUAUAAGUGAAAUUACAUAUUACAUGCUAAUACGGUUCAAUUUUUAUCAGUACGACAAUUUAUGCGAUGAAACGUGUCCACAUUGAAUUAGGCAGGUUUCAUCGUAAAAAAUGUCUCCGAAAGGGAGAUCAUAGAUGGCUUUAUGAGUAUAAUUACAUACUACAUGGCGAGACUGAUCAGUUUUCGUCAAUUCGACAAGUUAUACGAUGGAAUAUGUCCAGCUCCAAUCAUACACGUUUCAUCGUAUAAAAUGUCGUCUAGGUCAAGAUCUUUGUUUUUUGAAUAUUUAGUCCUGAUUUUAGGCCGGAAUCAAAGUCGAGCCCCUCCUAAUGAAGGACUGGUCCGCCGUAAUGGACUGGUCCCCGAACGCCGACCACAAAGGAGAAUACCUCCAAUUAUGGAACAGCCACAACCUGGACAAGUGCAAUGCUCAAUCCCAAAGCUUCAUCAACGAAUGUCGAAGAGCGCUGGGGCUGUCGAUGAAGUUCUGGGUGGCGGAAAUCCACGAGAUCGUGAAGAACACGAUAUUACACUACUCGGAAAUCCGGUCCAAAUGUAACGAGCUGAAUGAUGCGUUGAAACAGGUGGGUGUAAGCACUUUACAUCAUUUUAUGAUAGAAUAAAGACUAUUUUUCGAUGAGAUAUAAAGUUUUGUUCAUUUUACAAGAUUUUGUGACCUUUCAGCUGAUUUUAUAUUAUUUAAAAAUGAAGUAAAAUUGAGUUGAGAUACUGUUGAAAAUUACAAAUCGACGAUUAUCGUUCUUAUUUCAGCUCGACCUCACCGCGACACCUCAUAAAAUACGCUCAACUCCAAGUAAACGCCGAAGUUUCACUGGGAUGCUCGAGUUGAAGGACAAAUUACUCCAUAGAGGGCAAUCUGAUAAGAAUAAAAAUGGAAGCAACGUAUCUGUGGCAAGGUAAGGGACUAUUGUUACUUUUAUUAGUCGUUUUGGCUAUAGAAUAGAGAUUAAUUUUUGAGAUUUUUGGGGUCUAGUGUAAUAUAGAGGUAUUUUUGGAAAAAUAGGUAUAAAAUAGAGCCUCGAUGGGCUAUAGAUGUGGACUAUGGAUCAUAGAGAAGAUGAAUUCGCAUAGAUUGAAGCUGCCAAAGCUCAGUUUUUUAGGACUUUCCAUUACUGAGAUAUUCGUCCUUAUACAUGACCUACUUUUCGAUAAAAAAAUUUUUCGAAUUUCUUAUUUUUACGCUAUAAAAAUUUAAAAAAUGGCUUUUCAACGAUGGAAAUGAAAGCUCAACCUCUAAUCUGCCGCGUUUUCAGCGAGGAAGCGCACGCCCAAGCGAUGGUCGCCUCAUUUUGCGGCCGUUCCUUCGACGACGGCGAAACAAACGAAAUCGCUCAACGAAUUCGCCGCGCCACAGCCAACAUUAAUGUGGAAAUUGAAGCGCUCUUGGAGUUCCUCACUCACAAAGGCGCAAUUGGAUAA